AUGCCAAUCCUCCCAACGACUACGCCGCGUUCAUCAUUUCACGAAGAAAUGCAUUAUAAACGAAGAAGACCAACAUACUGGACUGCUUCAAUUCCAUUAUUUCUACGAAGAUUAUUCCGCUUUCCACAAAUGGUAAGGUUCUUUGUGAGCGUUUGUUUUCAGAACAAUAAUGGUUUUACAAUUGCAAAUUUUUUUCCAGGAUUUCGAGUAUGCAUUUUGGCAAAUGCUCUACUUAUGCAUAGCUCCAAGAAGAGUGUGGAAACAAAAAAUCAAUGGGCAAGGGAUGAUCCAGCUUUUGUUGUAAUUUUAUCAUUUCUUCUGGGUGGUAGCUUAUGGGCAUGGGAUGGUAGGGAUCCUCAGGAUGAUCCUAUUUAUGGUCUUUAUAGAUUUUGUAGUGGUUGGUCUAGUGAUAUCGACGAUUUGGCAUUUGCAAACAGAUUCCUAUCACAUAGACACACAGUACAUGCUGUUGAACAGACUGUGGAGUGGGCCUACGCGUUUGAUGUACAUUGCAAGGCAUUUUUCCCCUUAUUUUUAAUCUUAUACAUUGCCCAAUUUUUCCUCAUGCGGAUCUUGACAAAACAAAUUUGGGUUUGUUUAUUCUUGGGAAAUUCAAUGUAUUUAAUAGCG